GGGAGGAGGAGGAGAGGCGUAAACUAAACGUAACUAACCUAUAAAUCAUUUCCUUGACAAAAACAAAACAACGAAAAGUGAAAACUUAAAAGGAUGGAUGAGAAACUUGAAUCAGAAUCUGAUUGUACAACGGAAACGAAGAAUCUGACUAAUGAAGAAAUCGAGAAACUUCAGAGACAAAACUCCCGCAUGAUUUCAGAUUUUGUAGCAAAAAAGUUAAAUAGUGAAUCAAAGAAGCACUGGGACUUGUUUUACAAAAGAAAUGAAACUCGCUUUUUCAAAGACAGACAUUGGACCACGAGAGAGUUUGAAGAGCUAGUUGGCAAGGAAAUAAGUGAGAAAUGUGUUUUACUUGAAGUUGGCUGCGGAGUUGGGAACUUUGUGUACCCUCUUUUUGAGGAAAAUGCCAAUUUCUUUAUUUAUGCUUGUGAUAUUUCGAGUAAAGCUAUUGAUUUAUUGAAACAAAAUGAAUCAUAUUGUGAAAACAAAAUUAAAGCUUUUCAAACAGACAUUACUACUGAAAAUAUUUUGGAUGAAAUUCCAAGAAGCUCUGUUGAUAUAAUUACUUUGAUAUUUGUUCUGUCUGCCAUAGACCCUUCUAAUUUUUCCAAAGUAGCUACUACCUUGUUUUCACUGUUGAAACCUGGUGGGUAUGUUUUGUUUCGAGACUACGGAUUGUACGACAUGACCCAACUCCGUUUCAAACCUGGACAUAAGAUAUCUGAAAACUUCUACAUGAGGCAAGAUGGAACAAGGUCAUAUUUUUUCUCCGUUGAGUUUCUUGGAGAUCUCUUCACAAAAGCUGGGUUCAAAGUUGUAUCUAACUGCUAUGUUCAUCGAAGAACCAUUAAUGUAAAAGAAGGUAUUGAUGUUCCAAGGAUUUUCGUUCAAGCCAAGUUUUUGAAACCAGUAUUACAAAAUGAAAAAGCUGAAGAUCCAUGACGACCGGGACAUCAGGUUGCGGCUGCGUGGCGGCCGACAAACAGGUACCUGCGGCCAAGUUGUAGAUGGGACUGGCAUUCUGCAAACAACGUUCAAUCGCUGAAACCUUCUUUGACAAUUAUAAAAACCUUUGCCAAACGAAUAUGGUGUGAAUACAAUACUUGUACAGUUAUACCCCAAGCGAUAUACAAGGAUUUGAUUUUCUGUUACAAAGAGCAUUCGAUACCAGAUUUGAUUCAUAUUCCGCAUUUUAUAUCUUUGUUGACUUGGUGCAUUUUCAAGUUGUACUGUUUAUUUCCAAGUAUUGAUUAUCUUUCUUGGAACUGGAACCAAGAUCAAUAUUAUAAAAUAGUAAAGUUAAGGGUAAUACAUCAAAAUGAACAGCAGCUGAACAUAAUCUUGCCAAUACAAGAAGAAAGAAGAAAAGAAGAGUUUUUGAAAUUUAGAAAGAAAGAAACUACAGUAAGUCUGCGCAAAUACACCAGUCCG